AUGCAGCCACGGUUCAAGACUUCCUGGAACACUAUGAGGUCGGAGACACAGUUGGCGUUGGAGGUGGUGGACAAGUCGCGUUAUGCCGCAGGGGACAACAGCCUGGAGCGGGAGAUCCAGGUGUUGUGCAAGGUGGACCACCCCAACUGCAUCAAGCUGUAUGCAGUGUACAUAACCCAGCGCAAGGUCUACAUUGUGACGGAGCUGGUCACAGGGGGCGAGCUGCUGGACAGGGUGACUGAAAAGGGAAACUACACAGAGAAGGACGCGGCCAACUUGAUUCGGCAAAUACUCAGCGGCGUGGCAUACCUCCACGCGAAAGGCAUCGUGCACCGCGACUUGAAGCUGGAGAAUAUGGUGAUGCUCAACGAGCGCGAUGACUCGCCGGUCAAGAUUGCGGACUUUGGCCUCUCCAAGUUCUUCAGCGCUGACAACGUGCUCUCCACCAUGUGUGGAUCCCCGCAAUACGUGGCGCCCGAGGUGCUGGGCGUGGGGGACGGCGUCAAGGAGUACUCGCCCGCGGUGGACAUGUGGAGCGUGGGCGUCAUCCUCUUCAUCCUGCUGUCGGGCUACUCGCCGUUCGACGACGACAACGACGCGGUGCUGUUUGAGAAGAUCAAAUCGGGCAACUACGAUGAUGACGACCCCAUCUGGGAGACCGUGUCGCCGGAGGGCAAGGACAUAGUGGGGCAGCUUCUGACUGUGGACGCGGGCAGGCGGCUCAGCGCGGAGCAGGCGCUGAAGCAUCCCUGGGUGGCGGGCCAGGUGUUUGAGGAGGACGAGGGCAAGGGCCGGCAGCAGCUGCAGAGCACGACGGACAAGCUCAAGAGCAUGGCGGUCAAGCGGGAGAGCAUGCGGCAGCAGAGCUUCAAGCAGGCGGCCGACGGCAGCAGCGGCGGCGGCCCAGUCGCGGCGGCGGGGGCGGCGGCGGUGGCGGCGGCGGGCGCCGCGGCUCCCACCACCUUGCAAGGCGUGGAGGAGGGGGAGUGA